AUGGCUUCUUCUCCAAGUUGGUCCAAGCUCAGGUUGUUCUUGAUGAUGUUGCUGUAUUCUUUAGACCUGAAUGCAGAAGCCUCAGAAUUGCAGGCAUUGCUCAACUUUAAAACUGGUCUUAGAAACGCAGAAGGGAUUGCAGAUUGGGGCAAGCAGCCAUCACCCUGUGCUUGGACAGGGAUUACUUGCAGAAAUGGCAGUGUUGUUGCUCUUUCUUUGCCUCGUUUUGGUCUGCAAGGGAUGCUUUCUCAGGCACUGAUAUCCCUAUCAAACCUCGAACUUCUUGAUCUCUCUGACAAUGAAUUUUCUGGUCCAAUCCCAUUACAGUUCUGGAAGCUCAAAAACCUUGAAACCCUCAAUCUAAGCUUCAAUCUUCUCAAUGGAACCUUGUCUGCUCUUCAAAAUCUUAAAAACUUGAAAAAUCUAAGGCUUGGGUUUAACAGCUUUUCAGGCAAGUUGAACUCUGCGGUCUCCUUUUUCUCAAGCCUUCAAAUAUUAGAUUUGGGUUCGAAUCUUUUCACAGGAGAAAUCCCUGAGCAGUUAUUGCAACUAUCUAAAUUGCAGGAGCUGAUUUUAGGAGGAAAUGGAUUUUCUGGUCCAAUUCCAUCAUCCAUUGGAAACCUUUCGGAUCUUCUUGUUCUGGAUCUUGCUAAUGGCUUCCUCUCUGGUAGCCUCCCCAAGUGUAUUGGAUCACUGAAAAAAUUGCAGGUGUUAGAUAUUUCCAACAACUCGAUCACAGGACCAAUUCCCCGUUGUAUUGGGGAUUUGACUGCACUAAGAGAUCUUCGGAUUGGAAACAACAGAUUUGCAAGUAGAAUUCCUCCUGAAAUUGGCACUCUCAAAAACCUGGUUAAUCUGGAAGCUCCCUCUUGUACUCUCCAUGGUCCAAUUCCAGAAGAAAUAGGCAAUCUACAAAGUCUCAAGAAACUUGACCUUUCUGGCAAUCAGUUGCAAUCACCAAUCCCCCAAUCCGUUGGGAAGCUGGGGAACCUCACUAUUCUUGUCAUCAAUAAUGCAGAACUAAAUGGGACCAUUCCCCCAGAACUGGGCAAUUGCCAGAAGCUAAAGACCGUUAUCCUGAGUUUCAAUGAUUUGCAUGGGGUUUUGCCAGAUAACCUCAGUGGUUUAUCUGAAUCAAUCAUCUCUUUCAGUGCUGAACAGAAUCAGCUUGAAGGGCAGAUUCCAUCUUGGCUUGGCAGGUGGCUCUUUGCUGAGUCUAUUCUCUUGGCAUCAAAUCAGUUCCAUGGAAGGAUCCCAUCACAAUUAAGCAAUUGUUCAUCCCUGUCGUUUCUCAGUCUCAGCCAUAAUCAAUUAUCAGGCACCAUUCCUUCAGAGCUUUGUAGUUGCAAAUUCUUGUCUGGACUUGACCUCGAGAAUAAUCUCUUCACUGGGUCAAUUGAAGAUACAUUCCAAAACUGUAAAAACCUUUCCCAGCUUGUUCUUGUCCAGAACCAGCUUACUGGAACUAUCCCUGCGUAUCUAUCUGAUCUUCCACUUCUAAGUCUUGAACUUGAUUGCAACAAUUUUUCAGGAGAAAUUCCUGAUGAGAUAUGGAACUCAAAGUCCCUACUAGAGCUCAGUGCUGGUUUCAACUUUCUUCAAGGCAGGUUGUCUUCAAAGAUUGGCAAUCUGGUGACCCUUCAACGCCUUAUCUUGAAUAAUAAUAGAUUGGAAGGCAGAGUUCCAAAGGAGAUCAGAAACUUGGGGAGCUUAUCAGUACUCUUCCUAAACCAAAACAAGCUAUCAGGCGAAAUACCUCCUCAAUUAUUCCAAUUAAGGCUUCUGACAAGCUUGGAUCUUGGGUAUAAUAAAUUUACAGGAAGUAUUCCAUCCAACAUUGGGGAGCUGAAAGAGUUGGAGUUCCUGGUACUUGCCCACAACCAACUAUCUGGCCCACUUCCCAUUGGGAUAACAGAGGGUUUCCAGCAAUCAUCAAUUCCAGAUACAAGCUAUUUACAGCAUCGUGGAGUUUUAGAUCUCUCCAUGAACAAGUUUUCUGGCCAGUUACCUGAAAAGCUUGGAAAGUGCAGUGUGAUUGUGGACCUGCUGCUUCAAAAUAACAACUUCGCUGGAGAAAUCCCAGGAUCAAUUUUCCAACUCCCGUCUGUCAUUUCAAUCGAUCUUUCGUCAAACCAACUGGAAGGGAAGAUACCUACUGAGGUAGGAAAAGCACAAAAGCUUCAAGGUCUGAUGCUGGCACACAACAACCUUGAAGGAGGCAUUCCUUCGGAGAUUGGCAGUCUAAAAGAUCUAGUAAAGCUUAAUCUAUCUGGAAAUCAGUUAUCUGGUGAAAUUCCUGCUUCAAUUGGCAUGCUACAAAGCCUUUCUGAUCUGGAUCUAAGCAACAAUCAUCUGUCUGGUUCAAUUCCUUCUUUCUCAGAAUUGAUCAACCUUGUUGGCCUUUACCUACAACAAAAUAGAAUAUCAGGUAACAUUAGUAAACUACUCAUGGAUAGCUCAAUGUGGCACCAAGUUGGCACUUUGAACCUGAGCUUAAACAUGUUAAAUGGUGAAAUUCCAAGCUCUAUUGCAAAUCUGUCAUACCUGACUUCCUUGGAUCUGCAUAGAAAUAGAUUCACUGGCAGUAUAACCAAAUACUUUGGCCAUCUCUCACAACUUCAGUACCUGGACAUUUCUGAGAACCUCCUCCAUGGACCGAUUCCACAUGAGCUAUGUGACCUCGCUGAUCUAAGAUUCUUGAACAUUUCAAACAAUAUGUUACAUGGAGUCUUGGACUGUUCUCAAUUUACAGGAAGAUCUUUUGUGAACACCAGUGGCCCUUCUGGAUCUGCAGAAGUAGAGAUCUGCAACAUCAGAAUCAGUUGGAGAAGAUGCUUCCUUGAAAGGCCAGUAAUCUUGAUAUUGUUCUUGAGCACUACCAUUUCCAUUCUAUGGUUAAUUGUUGUCUUCUUCCUAAAGAGGAAAGCCAUAUUUCUGGAUAACAGGAAGUUUUGUCCUCAGAGCAUGGGAAAGCACACUGAUCUCAAUUUUAACACAGCUGUCAUUUUGAAGCAGUUUCCCCUUCAGCUGACAGUCUCAGAAAUUAUGCACAUCACAAACAAUUUCUCCAAAGCCAAUGUCAUAGGUGAUGGAGGAUCAGGUACGGUUUACAGAGGGAUCCUCCCUAAUGGGCAGUUGGUUGCCAUCAAGAAGCUUGGGAAGGCAAGAGACAAAGGAAGCAGAGAGUUCCAAGCAGAACUGGAUGCAAUUGGGAGAGUGAAGCACAAGAAUCUGGUUCCGCUGCUGGGAUAUUGUUCUUCUGGAGAUGAAAAACUAUUGAUAUAUGAAUUCAUGGCAAAUGGUAGUUUGGAUUUCUGGUUAAGAGGUAAGCCUAGAGCUUUGGAAGUGCUGGAUUGGACUAGAAGGGUAAAAAUAGCAAUAGGAACAGCGCAAGGGCUUGCUUUUUUGCACAACAUUGUUCCUCCAGUCAUUCACAGGGAUGUCAAGGCCAGUAACAUACUUCUGGAUGAAGAUUUCCAACCUCGGGUUGCAGAUUUUGGACUUGCAAGGAUUCUGAAAGUCCAUGAAACCCAUGUGACCACUGAAAUUGCAGGAACAUAUGGAUACAUUGCACCAGAAUAUAUUCAAAACUGGAGAUCUACAACGAAGGGGGAUGUGUACAGUUUUGGAGUGAUUAUGCUAGAAAUGGUCACAGGAAAAGAGCCAACUGGUUUGGGAUUUAAGGAUGUGGAAGGGGGGAAUUUGGUGGGAUGGGUCAAGGAGAUGGUGGGGAAGGACAAGGGAGUAGAGUGCUUAGAUGGGGAAAUUUCCAAGGGGACUACAUGGGUGGCUCAGAUGCUUGAGCUGCUACAUCUGGGUGUAGACUGUACCAAUGAGGAUCCAAUGAAGAGGCCUUCCAUGCAGGAGGUGGUUCAGUGUCUUGAACAUGUUGCAAUGAAGAACUAG